CAGAGGGAGUCAAAAGCAUCUCCCAUCCGCGAGGCCACAAAAGGGAUACGGUCCGUGUGUAAUUUGCUGUGAAUUAUAUAUAAACUGGUGAUUCCGAAGUCGAAGAAAGUCAUCUCCAAGAUAUCUGUUGGAAGGGCAACCAUGUACUGCCGGCCCCUGCAUUAUCUGCUGGGUUUUGUCAUAAUACAAUGGGCAAGUUCCGGUGUGAUGGCUGACCUAUCCGCAUGCGCAGACUCACAGUUACUUUCAGACCCUGGCAUCUUGCAAUUAUGUGAAACUUUGGCGUAUGUACAAAAAGAGUCCUCAGAUGGAGACGCAAAAGAAAAGCGAUUUCUACGUUUUGGGAGAGCUCUAAGCGGUGAUGGUUUCCUCAGGUUCGGAAGAGGUUUACCGUUCCAAGACAAAAGGUUCCUGCGAUUUGGCCGUGGGGACAGGGCUAUUGAGGACCUUCUUAAAGAGGCCUUGUUCAGAAUUCAUGAUAUCGAGAGGGCGGAGGGAACAAAGUUGAGGAGAAGACGAUCAGCUGAUGCUCCUCCUGAGACGGAAAAAGUAGCUGAAGACGAGAUUAAGACGUCGGAAGUCGAAGAGGAAGACAAUGACAACGCCAACAAAACGGACAAUAAACAAAAGCGAUUUAUGCGAUUUGGUCGUGGUGGUGAAGAAAUGGGAGAUGGAAUGGCAGAUAAGCGAUUCAUGCGAUUUGGACGAGAUAACGAGAAACGAUUCAUGCGUUUUGGCAAAAGGUUCAUGAGAUUCGGGCGGGAUAAUGAAAAGAGGUUUAUGCGAUUCGGACGUGCUCUUGAAGAUGGCGAUGACGAUGAAAACGCAAUGGAAGGAGACCCGGAGAAGCGCUUUAUGAGAUUUGGAAAAUCUGGAGAAGAGAAACGUUUCAUGAGGUUUGGUAGAACUCCCAUGGAGGAAGAAAAGAGGUUCAUGCGAUUCGGUCGGGAUUCCGCAGAAAAGGAGAAAAGGUUCAUGCGGUUCGGAAGAAACUCCGAAGAGGCUGAGAAACGCUUUAUGCGUUUUGGCAGAGAUUCAGGGGACGCCGAUAAACGUUUCAUGCGUUUUGGUCGGGAUCCAGUUGAGGCUGAAAAGCGUUUCAUGCGCUUUGGCAAAAGCGGCGAAGAAAACCAAAUAACGGAAGAAGGUAAGCGCUUCAUGCGCUUUGGAAGGUCUGAUGGAGGGCAAGAAACACCAGACAAGAGAUUUAUGCGAUUUGGUAGAGCUCUGGAAGACAAACGAUUCAUGCGUUUUGGGCGAGAUCCCGCAGAAAAGCGGUUCAUGAGAUUCGGCCGAGAUCCGGCUGAGAAAAGGUUCAUGCGGUUCGGACGUGACAACGAACAAUCUGAGGAAGAUACUGAAAAGGACAAAAGAUUCAUGCGUUUUGGGAAAGAAGUGAGCAAUGACUUCUUCACUGAAACAUACCCGCGAAACCUCACGCGGUAGACGACGAGAGGGUAAAGGGCAAUGUAGGAGUGAUGCUAUGGAAAUACAUAUUUUUCUGUUGAAAGAUACGGUUUUUGUACAUACAUUUUACGGUUAGACCUUUCGUUUAGGUUAUUUUAUUUUAAUUACACCAGAUUAAGGGAGAAUGAAUGGGGGUGAAAAUGUGUCAGGAUUAUAGUAUUCCUCCUUGAAUUCGUGCCGGCUACACCGUGUUCAAUAGCUCCUCCGACCCUAACGUGUUAGGAACCUCUAAACAUUUCCUGUGUGAAAGUGUACACACUGAUUAUCGCAAUGCUCUCUGACAGAGACUUGAAUUGAAUAUUUCUGACGUGAUGCACACCGGUUACUAAAUUGUGCAUUGCCACUGUUCGUCUUCAGAUUGAUAUCGGCGAAGUUAAUCCCAGUGUACGGUAUCUAAACUUGUAGAUAGUUAGUUCCAGCUCUGUCAACCCCUCCCCAGGUAACCUGUCAAAUGGUACUCUUGUAAAUCGCUGGUUACUCUAAUUCUACGUAAACACCAAUAUUUGAAAUAAAAAUAUUUUUGAUAAUGGCAUGGUUGUGAUUUUUCCAAUCUUGAUCAGUUUAAAUAUAUCUAGAACUGUUCAGACCACAGCCUCGUUGUGACAAAUCAUUCUUUCAUACCAUGCUGCACGAUUUUUUGCCUCCCAAUCAAUUCUUUCACUGCAACGCAUAGAAACAUGUGGUGUACGGUAUAGCGACAUGGCGCAGGCUUUGCGGAUUUUCCUGCCCCGGGAGAUGAUUUUGUAUCACGAAUAUACUGGAAAUGUAUUUGUUACAGUUUCUUCAACAAGUCGCUUAUAAUACCUGGAUUAAUAAAUACAUGUAUCUUAAUUCACAUGAAAAAUGUAAACCAGCAGCAAAAUAAUCUUGAGCUUUGUAUAUGCUUAGCAAUCUUACUGGUGAAAUGCACAAACUGAUGCAGAGAUUCGUCACUAUAUAUUGGCGAUUAUAUUGGGCGAAAGUACCUCUUUUAACUUGUCUCGAGACUUACGUUGUUGCUUUACUUGAAGGGUGUUUUUACACAUUACACAAGACUAUUUCACACAUGCGACGGCGAUUAAGUUUAUAAAUAGAGAAACGGAAGAUGUUGAGAACCAAAGAACUGCGCUAGGUUUUCAAAAUGGGGAAACCUGACAGAGCUCGAAUGAAACCACAGAAUUUUCUCUAUAUAGACAAAUCUUCAGACGUGACGAAGAAAAAACGAAUAGCAGAAUUCCUGACCCCUGUUUCAUGAAGCGCACUUAGCAAUAGUGAGUCAUAAACACAAUAACAAUAUAUGUUGUAGAGAAUUGACGUACACUUUGCUAAGGGCUACUUAAGGCUAAAUAGGUUUUUAUGAAACUGUCCUCUGGAAAUGAAGUUAAUGAUGAUAAAGUGAUGAGUGGUAUAAAUCAAGACGACUCAGUUAGGCCCCUAUAUGGAUUAACUGCCAAAGGGAUACAGAAUCGAUUCUUAUUGACUGGUGAGAGAUAGGCAAAUCCAGGCCAUACCUUGUGUAAACUGAAUUUUAGGUUUGGUACAUUUAUUCAAGCGUGACCACCGCUGCAACAUUUAACCAAGGAAACCCUAUCUCCACUGUCAGCCAAUCAGCGUCGAUUCUGUAUCCGUUUGGAGCAAGAACAAAUGUUGUAGAGAUAUGAAGUACACCUGGGUAAAAGCUACUUAAGGCCAGGUAGGCUUUAGGAAACUGGCCCCUGGAAGUGUGGUUAUUGAUGAGUGGAAUAACCCAAGACUCAGUUAGGCCAAAUAUGGAUUAAAUGGAAAAGCAGUAAAUUUGAAAUUUUAAUUUGAAUAUUGAGAAUAACACUGGUGUAUUACUGUAA